AUGUUUCUUGAAGCAGAGGAGAACGCGGAACUCCUUGAGUUGCUCUCACAGGUUCGUGCAGCCGCUGCUCUUGAGGGUGAAGAUAAAUUGCCGUCAGCCGAAGCUUCCUCAAAGGUGCUACAAUCGGUGAAGCUACAGCACCGGGGUGUUAGCGAGGCGCACGCGGAGUUGGGCACACAGGCUAACAUCUUUCAUCGCGAAAGCCCGCCUGGCGUUACACCAGCUGAGGCCAUCUACACUCUGUGUGAGGCUCACCAACAGUCUGUGUCGCCCUUGGACGAAUGUUCAGGAAGCGUUGGGGACACCGAGAAGGAAUUGUGGUGCUCACCGGAGCUUAACUCGUCUAACGGUUACAAUGGGACGCACCUACAUUCGAUGUUUAUGACCAACGUUUGUGGCGUCUCACCCGCUUCUAUGUUGCCCAGGCAAGUGGUGGGCAGCGGGGCAGUUCACACUGUUGGCAUGGUUGAAGCCAGAGGUCACCAUGCACACCCGGACUCAACAGGGAGGCCCCUCUCUAGCGAGCACAGUGGUAUUUUUCAGCAUACCGAAGCUUUGAGCAGUCUACACCGUGUAGACGAGAACUCGGCCUCUCAGAAGCAGCUCAGCUUCACGGAAGGCACAACCGUUACCGCAUCAGCUUUUGCCUACACGACUUCCUCGACUCGUGUGACGGUGAGCCCGACCGAUGCGACGCCCUGCGACGUCCUGCGACCAAGUGAACAGUCCCCGCGGCGAGCGGAGAUGCGCUAUACCCUCAGUCAGACUAAGGUGGUGGAUACCCCCGACCUACCAUCGUCAGGGAUUGUGCCAUCAGCGCAGCUUCCCAGCGGGAUAGGGGGGCGAAGCACUAUACCAAUGACUGCGUCAUGUGAAUCGUUCUCAGCACCGCAGCUGAUGUGUCCUUGUGCAACACCACCCACAACCACUACCGUGCAUGGUUCGGGUCAGACCUACGGGGGCCUCUUCCAUGGGUGGGACCGAUCUCAGACUAGCACCGCAGGUGCAGCACUGCCUUUCUCAUCAGAAGGUGGGAGCCCACAUUCUGCUACACCGCACCAUCAGAGGGUUAUUCCGUGCACAACUUCCUCGGGUGUGAGACAUGUACAGGUGCCAAUCCAGCAUCCGUCAGGAGAAGGAAUGCGAACGCUAAAUGGGAAUGUGUCACAUGCUCAGGCUGUUGAUAUCGAAUUUGGAACAGGCAUCGGACGUGGCACAGGCCAACAUACCGACUCCACUGUGGUGGGCUCCACAAAGAACAACAAUAUCCACCAUGUGAUGUCUAUGAACCGUUCAUUAUCUACAACACCAGUGCACAGGGGUGGGUGGGGUGGUGACGGGUGCGCUACAACCGAUGUUUGGCAACAAGUUCUUCCUCAGACAGUUAACGGUGAAGAUUGUGGUACACCUCAUCAUCAUUUAUUCAGACCUCGCACAAAUGAGGUAAAUAUUUUUAUGUUACCGUCUCCACCUCGACCCUUGGCGGCUUUACCAUAUCCAUCUUCUGCGUCUGGAACAGCUCAGCAGAUGCAGCACAUCCCUUUUGCUCCUGACUCACCUGGGCGCAGCCCCGUUGACCCAACCCACAUCCAUCACUACCUUAGUUCACUCCAUGUCGCUACCACGAGAGGAGGCGCUGAGGCUUUCUCUCGUUCUCAGCCUAAUCUGGAGGGUGCUUACCAGCCUCCCAAGUCAGGUUUCAGUAACUUAACAAUGAUGCAAGAGCCACCAGUGAUCACUAUGCACGCAGUGCGUCCGAAGACCUCGACUUCUGCGGACCCACCUUCUCAUACAUCACGACCUAUAUCGCAGCCAUCAAAUAUCCCUAACGCUCGUGCCACCACUUCCACUGUAGCCAGUACCACAAAAGCACCUAAUAGCACAAGUGUAUUUUUGUCCUCUAUUGCUCAUCUGCAGGACGGACAUAACCAUUGCGGCGGCAAAUCUAAUGGGAUGGACUGGCAACGUGGCUUUGCUAACGUAGUUGGUCCAUCUCAGUCGACAAAAUCAGAGGACAACGGUGCUAAUACCCCUGGUAGUGGUGGCCCACCGCCAUCGGAGCGGUAUGCGCAUUAUCUGCAGCGUGGUGUUCUGACAAGCCCGUUUAUGAUUGCUCAGCAACCUAAUGUGAAUCUGCAGCGACGCCCUAACAGUACCACCGCCAUUACGUUGAACGCCACGGUCACCCCCAAGACCAUCAAAAGUUCAAAUCCUCGAAACGCAUCUACCAAAGGCGCCAGCGGCACUCGUCAGUCAACCCACCACCACUCCCAUGGUACUGCAGCAGGAUCACCCAACGCGCCCGGAUGCGUCUCACCGUCUAUCGCAGCCACCUUACUGUUGUUCCUGAAUACGCCUGAAUGCGGAGAUGACAGUUUCGAAAAUUCCCUCACCGAUGAUGAUGUGGCUGGUGGGGUUCUUGGGAAGCAGAUCCUAGCGCUCUCGCGUGACCAGCAGGGUUGCCGCUCUCUUCAAGCCGUGCUAGAUUGCGAGGCAGCAAAUCGCUACGGUGAUGGUGUAAUACCCUCUACACGUGUGCGAGGUUCGCAGGACUACGGCGGCACUAAGCUCCCCCAAAAGGAUGAUAGCGAACGGUAUGGAGGCGAUACAGAAGUGGGUGCAGUGAAUACGGUGACAAGCGAAGGUGUGCCUUCGCUGCCACAACUUUCCCUUCCUUUACGUCGAAUCAUCGCAGCCUUGGAGCCGCACUUACCUCAGGUCAUGUCGGAUGCCUACGGGAACUUUUUGGUUCAGAAGCUAUUCGAAGUACUGAGUAACGACGAACGCUUGCCACUUCUACGUAAAGGCUCUAUUCUCCACAAAGGAUUGGGUGAUGUGGCGUGUUCUGCACACGGUACCUUUGCUGUGCAGCGUCUUGUUGAGACAUUGCGGAGUGAGGCUGAGGAGCAGGCUGUCUUUAGCAGCCUCGGCGAUCAUUUGGUUCAAUUGUUGCUCGAUGCUAACGGCGGACACGUCUUACUGAAGGUAAUGAGCUAUAUUAAGGGUGUAUACGGAUCUCGAGGGACUGGUGUUGUCUCGAUGGCUAUCAGUCCGGUUUCUGUUAAUUCCCAUGCCAUACCAGGAGGGGGUAUUGUGGAGUCCAAUUCCAAAUACCAUGGCAAUACGGCUCAAGCUACGGAAGAAAACAACUGUCCCAGAAAUGCGUUGCGAAGUACCGAGCUUGCUAUCGAUGUGUUACGGGUAAAGAUACGUUUCUUGUACGAUGGUCUUCUGAAAAGCCUUCUGGUAGUAUGUCGACAUCGACAGGGAUGCUGCAUCACCCAGAAAUGUUUGGAUUUCUUUGCACAGAUAUUUCCAGUUACAUCCGACAUCCACGAUGCGUCACUUACCAUUUCCCAGUUAUCUGAAAACGAAGAUUUUUUUGUCGGGUUGGUGAAAAAGCUGUUGGAACACCUUACGGCAUUGGUGAUGGAUCCUUACGGCAACUACGUUAUAACACACGCGGUGGAAGUAUGCUAUGCCCGUGGGAGCAUCCAGCUUGUAGAUGAUGUGGCUCAGCAGAUGCAAGAGCGCACAACAGUGUUUUGCAAGGAUAAAUAUGCUUCUAAUGUGAUGGAGCACGUCUUGCGGUACAGCAGCGAGAAGCGAAUCCGUGCUUUUUGUCGCAACCUUUUGACGCCUUCUUCACCAGCUUUGUCUGUUUCACAGGAGAGGAGCCUUGUACGGGGCAAUAUUGAUAACAAGAAGGCCCCCAAAAUAAAGGAUGUGCAUAGUUGCGAGAAUGAGGGGAGCACAGCACCAGGGGAUUCAACGGUGCUAUCUGAUUGUCAUCUCUGGCCGCUUGUCGACAUAGCCUUGGAUCCGUUUGGCAAUUAUGUUGUUCAAACAUUGCUGACAGUGGCGCCAGUGGACGAGUUGCUCCGUCUGGAGGACACUACUCAACCCAGCUUGAGUAAGUCUCUUCAACAGAACAACGAGAAGCAGCAGACUCAUGAUGGGAAUCCACGUCUUUCGGGUAGGCAGGGUAAUCAUACCACCACAUCGGCGAACAAGACGCGCGGCAAUACUUAUGGCUUAUUGCCCAUGCUGCAGCGGUACUUGCCUCUUUUGCAGGAGAAAAGCUUCACCCGAAAGAUUGAGACUAAAAUGGAGCUCGCGCUUCUGCGUGUCGAGGAGGAAAAAAUGCGACGGCAACAGCAGAAGUGA